AUGGACACCUUCAAUGCCACUCCGUUGGCUUGGCCAGCCAGAUUGGUGGAAGAGCCAAUUCAGAAUGACAAACUAUUUGUCUACCUUGGCUCAGCCGCUGUCAUCUUCCUCAUCUAUCUCUAUAGUGGACGCAAAUCUACUCCUUUGCCACUCGUGAACCCCAGCGGACGUUGGGAGCUUACUAGGAACCGCACCAACAAAGAAUGGUUGGCCAAGGCAAAGGAGAUUAUUAUGCGAGGUGUCGAGAGUUUCCCAGGGAAGCCGUUCAAUAUGAUGGCGGCUGAUGUGGGUAUGACGACUGUGGUUCCUCCUGAGUUUGCUCAUGAAAUCAGGAACAACCCGAAUCUGAGCUUUGUUGAGUUUAUGGCACAUCUCUUCUUUAGCAACCUUCCUGGAUUUGAGCCAACAAGAGAGGGCAUGUUUGACAAUGAUAUCGGUAUUGUUGUUAUUCAAAAGUACUUGACGAGCUUAGCUCGUAUGACGGAACCACUUUCACAAGAAACCGAGUAUGCCCUUCCCGACAUUUAUACUGAAAAUGAAGAAUGGCAUGAUGUGAAUCUGAGAAACACCAACCUGGCCCUCGUUGCUCGUCUCUCCUCGCGCAUUUUCCUCGGCGAAGAACUCUGCCGUAAUGAAGACUGGCUGCGAAUCACUGUCAACUACACAGUCGAUUUGAUGAAAGCCGCUGAACAGCUUCGCCAAGUCCCUGGCCCUCUCCGUCGUCUUGUCCAUUGGAUCUUACCCGAAGCCAAGAAGCUACGUGCCGAGGUGAAACAAGCCGGUGACAUAAUCCGUCCUAUUCUGGAGAAACGCCGCAAGGAAAAGGCCUCCCACUUGGCCCAAGGAAAGGAACCAGUUGAGUACUACGACGCCAUUGAGUGGUUUGAACAGAUUGCCGAGGAGAAGCAGCGGCUGUAUGACCCGGAGAUUGUGCAGCUGUUUUUGAGCACUGUUGCCAUCCACACUACGAGUGAUCUCUUGACUGUGACUAUGUUUGACAUUGCAAGGAACCCUGAAAUAAUCGAGCCCCUAUGUGAUGAGAUUAGGAGUGUGCUGCAGAAUGGAGGAUGGAAAAAGACAUCUCUCCACGACAUGAAGCUUAUGGACAGCGUCAUUAAGGAAAGUCUGCGAUUGAAGCCCAUUGGUCUCGUCUCCAUGCGCCGUGUUGCCACGUCUCCUGUGACCCUCUCAGACGGAACCUACUUUUCCAAGGGCACCAAGCUGGCUGUUUCAUCCCACAAAAUGUGGGAUGCAAGCGUCUACCCCGAGCCCCAGAAAUGGGACGGCCAUCGCUUCCUCAACAUCCGUGAGACGCCCGAAUCGGCCAACACAUCUCCGGUCAAAGGCAAGGAAACGCUGCUGGUCAGCACUAGCGAGCGGCAUCUCGGGUUUGGCCACGGCAAGCAUGCCUGUCCCGGGAGAUUCUUUGCGGCCAGCGAGCUCAAGGUGGCGUUGGCGCAUAUUCUGAUGAAGUACGAUUUCAAGGUGCCCGAGGGAGUGGAAGUGAAGCAUCGCAUCACGGGGGCUAGUUAUUACGCGGAUCCUUUUGCCACGCUGUCGCUUAGACGACGGAAGGAUGAGUGGUGA